UGUAAGGAAUUAUACAGUAGCCGUAGAACAACCUGUCAUCCACUAGAAACCGUCUGUCUUGUGAAAGUUUUACUUUAUUAGAAAAUGGAUAGCUUGGUUGUGGUGCUGUUGUUGAUUGGGACUGGUUACUGUCAAAACAAUGGUGACCUGGCUACCAUCAUGGAAUGGGAGGCAAGCCAAAUGCCUGACCCUUACACCAAUCCUAAGGCCUGUGGUCGCUACGAAAAUAAGCCUGCCUAUGUCUGUGAUCCUAACAACAUACUCCCAGCAAAAGGAGCUGAUAUCCUUGACUGGUUAGCGGAGGGAACCUACUUAAAUGACACAACAUGUCCGUGUUCCGACUGGCGAUGUGAAGCCAAUGAUGCGGGACCUUAUGGUACAAUAAUCAAUGUUGCGGUGGUCAAGAAGAUCAAGCGGCCUGAAGGACAGGAUCCCACAGCAGAAAACUUACUGAAUGCUGCUCGUCAGUUUACCUACACACUGACCAAUGAACGCUGGAACAAGGGUGUCUGUAACAACAAUGUCGUCAUCAUGUACUCAGCCCAAGAUGAAACACUUUUCACCAUGGCAGGAAAAACAUCAGCAUUAAAACUAGAUAACGAUGUUAUUACUGAGAUCACCAAUCACCACAUGCGCCACUUUAAAAAUGGGCGUGACCUAACAGCUGGACUAUACAGUCUUCUGGUGGACUACAGGAAUGUAUUACGAGGAGAGUACCAGUCCUGGAGAGACUUUGACAAAGCACAGCAUCCUAUUGGAGGAGGAAGUGUUCCUGUUGCUUCCUUCGCUACAUUCCUCUCUCUCGUAUUUGCACUCAUCCUCUCAUUCAGGUUUUAAGUAGAAACACUUAACACAAUAUAAUAAUGAUAAAACAAGUUACUACAUACUAAAGUACAUUCUGUUGUAUUACUGAUAAGUUUAGGAGUUCAUUUCACAAUGUUAAAGUGUUAAAGUAAAAAUAUUACGAGGAACAGCAUUUUACAGUCAAUGACUCAUGUAAAUAAUUCCAUCACAUGAAACACAAAUUUUUUGUAGUGAAAAGCUAAGACAGGUCCAACUUUUAAGGUAUAGCUUACAAAGUAUUUAGCUAUAGACAGUCAGUAUUUCCAACAACAAAACUCUGCCAUUUAGACAGGGUUUACGAAUUGUGUUGAGUAACUUAUAUCUAUUUGGGUUAACAUUAUUCUUCAUAUAUUGGUGAAAAAUAAUUUAAUUUGUUUAUAUACUGAAAGGAAUAAGAAACGCAAUUAGGAAUUUCCAGGUCAACUACGGGAAAUAGAAAAGGGUUUUAGAAUGUAAUCAUGGUAUAACUGGAAGAUAGUUGACCACUGUCAUAUACAAGAAUUUCAUUCGUGUACGUUAAGUAAACCUUUCAAAUUUGACGUUAAUUCAAGAGCACCCCACUCAAAAGUGUGUUCUGGAUCCAUCAGUAUCGUGUGUGCCCACCAAGAGCUGCAGUAACUGCACAAACUCUUUUGUGCAUUUAAUUGAUCAGGGUAUUAACCCUCCUCAUUGGUAUACUAUUCCAUUCCUCAUCCAGCGCCAACACCAACUGAGCUACGUUAAUUAGAGGAUUCAGCCUACCUCUUAUCCUUCUGUCCAACUUAUCCCAUAAAUGUUGUAUUGGGGAGAGGUCAGGGCUGAAUGGGGGCCAGUCUAGGGUGGGGACAUUGUUUGCUGCGAGAUAACCACGGCAAACCCUCGCUACAUGCGACCGGGCGUUGUCCUGCUGAAACGUCAGUUGACGCUGCUGUACUAGAGGAACAACAUGCGGCGCUAAGACUUGAUCUCUACAGCGGACGACCGUGAGAUUUCCCUGAAUAACGACCAGAGGAGUCUUUACACCAUGCUAAUCCCUCCCCAUACCAUGACCGAUCCUCCUCCAAAGCGGUCAUUCUCUAUCACACAAGCAUCUGCAUAGCGCUCGUGUGUACAUCUAUAGACACGACGUCAGCUGUCUGCCUGGUAAAGCAAAAACCUGGACUCAUCUGAGAACAGGACCCAUCUCCAACGUUGCAUUGGGAAGCGUCUUACAGAAUGUGCGUUCAUCCAUUUCAUUUGUCUGGCACGUAGCAGCACAUUAAGCUGUGGUCCAACAUAUGGACGCCGCGGUCUUAGACCGAAGGCACGCAGUCAAGUACGCACUGUCUUUGGAUCAAUUGGAACAUGAUGACGCACAAUUGUAUUCCUUGCUGUUUCCGUGGCCGUCAGAAAGCUAUUGCGUAGGUGGAAAAGUCUUAUUGCCCUAUCCUGCCGUCAUCGUCACACGAGGGCGACUGCUUCGGGGACGGUCUGCAACUCUUCCAGUGGCAUGUAGUCUUUGGAUGAACUGCAAAUGUUUGAUGGAUGGACCCAAAUUGAUUAGCGUCCUGAUUUUGCGGGGUACCUUGCAUAAGAAGUGCAAUGGCAUGACCCCUGUCAACUUCGGACAGUCGUGGCAUUUUUUACGGUGAACUGUUUAUGCUUAAAAUGUGGGAAAUCGAGACGGAUAUGUCUGAAGAUUUGCGCACACAGAUUUUGAACCAAUUCUUUACACUGGGUUCAAGAUAUCAUGCCUUUGUCUCUUAUUCUUUAGUACAAGCGGCGUGCGCAGUUUAGUUAUGCAUCAGUGAUUUUGAUACAGUACCAUAGGGACCUAACUCAAAUGCACACAUUUAUCAAGUUUCAAGGGUGUAUGUCCGGAUUUAAUUUACGAUAUCAACUUUCUGCUAAUUGCGUAUCUUUUUCCACUCAAUAUAGUUGAAAGUAGCAAUAAUAACAUAGUAAUCAUUAAUAACAUAUCAUUAUGGUAGUCCCACCAACGAAAUAUUUGGAUAUUUUGAUUCCAAAACUGUAUUGAUGUCCUUCAUUAUUAGUAUAUAGUUCCCAUCAGCCAAAUAAGAAUAUACAAUGUAGAUAUAGCAAACCUCCAGAUUUAUUUUCCUGUCACAGACUAUCAGAGUGGGUUUUAGGUGUUGAAAUAGAAAAAAGAAAAUCGGUUGGCUCUAGGCAGAAAGUGAUAAAAUCUCUAAAAAAAUAUCUAUUUUCAGUUAAAUUUUAUUUUAUAGAACAUUUAGAUAUUAUAUAGCUUUAUAUGAUUAUAAUAUUUAUUAUCACUAAUAUAUUAUUGUGUUUUGUGUGUUAUGUACAUAUUUACACAGGAUAGUGUAUGUACUGUGUGACGUGAACGAAAAAUUAAGAAACGUGUCAUCACAAAUGCUAAUUUCAACAAUGGAAGAUAGGGUUUUUAUGCUCCCUGAAGGAGGAGCAUAUAGUACCCGCUUUGUCUGUCCGUCCGUUUGUCCACCAUAAUUUUUAUCUGGAGCAUAACACAAAAACUAUAGGAGAUAUCAACAUAAAACUUCAUAGGUAGAUAAAUCAAAGUGCAUUGUACAAGAACCAUACCUCUCUUUUGCAUAAUUGAGGAGUUGUUGCCCUUAGUUAUUUUCCAUAUUGAAAUUUUGUCCAGAGCAUAGCCCAAAAACAUUUAGAUUCAUAUGUAGAUAGAUCUUGAAUAGGAGAAAAGACUUGUAUGAAAACCAUAACUCUCUUUGCAUUAUUUAGGAAUUCUUGCCCUUUGCUAUAUUUCUUUCUUAAAUUUUGUCCCCUUUUGGAAGCAUAACCCCUACGUCCCUUGUUUUGAAAAUUUUGUGGUCUUUGUUGUAAAACUGUUAAUAAACACCCACAAACAACAUCUCAAUACAAGAUGACUGUAUGAGGGUCAUCUAGAGACGUCAGUCCUUCAAAGUUGAUAUCUCUUUUUUUUCACCGCCUUUUAAUUCUACCUAUCAAGUCCCAUCUGCAUCUUCAUAUCUACUUCAUUCUAUUGAAAAUGGUCCAUAAAUAUCAGGUAGUAGGAUCUUCCUUGCAUUUUUAAGUCUUCUAUGUACAUAAUGCUUACUGAUUCAGGAUCUUUCUUUUCUUGUUAGAUUUGACUUUCCCUCCGACAGACAUCUUAAGUUUCAUGUUUGUUUUAUGAUAAAUGUCAAUUAGGAACAUAACAGAAAUGAUGUAUAUAUUUUUGCUGAUAAUUGUUUUUGACUGGAUACUUAAUGGUACAUAAUUAUCAAUAAUGAUAAAAAAAUAUCUAAAUACUCAAAAUUUUAUAUAGAUUACACAAAGUUGUAUAGAUUUCACAUUUGUAAUUUUAUUUUAGGAAGAUGGUCAGUAUUUUGCGUGGAACUACAGGGUUUCCUGUCAAUUUUUUUAAACAUUUGCAUGACCACAUGGGAUGAGAGUUGUUUUUAUAUUUAUAAAUUUGACUGAUAUAAAUGUAUCUUGCAUAUGUAAUUUUGAUGUGCCACAUUGUAGAUGUUUUCUACCAUAUAUAAGUAAGUGCCUUAUUCUGUAUUUGUGCUUGAUAAUGCAUCAUAAUAGCUUUUUUUGUUAUUUCAUUAUUUUAUUUUGAUUUUUUUUUUGGUUCAGUGUACAUGCGAUCAGACUUACCAAUUUAUUAUUUUGAUAUGUCAGAGAUCUGAACACCUUCAUAACACAUGUUUUUUCUUCUUUUGUUUUGACUUUCGGAUGUUUAUUGAUUCAAAACAUCCACAAUUUGAUUUUGAAUUAUAUUUCUGCAAAGGGAGAUAAUUUCAAGAUUUGAUUACUUGGUACAAGAAUAUUGCUUCUACAUUAAUGACAAUUGGGAAUCACACCCAGCAAAAACGUUGAUACUACUUUCUUGAAAUCUACUUUCAUUAAUGGUUUCAGAUAUAAUGAAGUCAGUAGCUUUCUGAUUUAAUUCCAUUAUGAAGCAAAAGUACAAAAGGGAAUGAAAUGCAGUGUUAAUUGUUAAAUUUGUGAGGAGUUAUUUUGUGUUCAAAGUCUAUGAUUUAAGUUUAGUUUAUUAUAUAAGAUAUUUGAUAGUUUUAUUCUUUGUAAUAGGUUGAAAUAUUUAAAGCUUUAAGAUGUAAAAUGUUUGCCACUAUUUAAUUCUGAAAAUAACAUCAUUCUUUACAUUUUAUAUGAAUGUAUUAAAAAAAAAAAAAAAAAGAAAUUUUUCUGACAUUUGAUAUGAACAGAAAUUGAUAUCUUGGAGGUAUUUUUUAACAAAAUCUCAAUGUCUAUACCAUUUUUGAUUUGUGGUAGAUGAAUGCUGUCUAUGCAUG